GAGAGAGAGAGAGAGAGUAGAGGAGAGAGAAGUGAUCACAGUAGAGGUAUAUAAAAUGGAGGGGCUGUGAGAGAUCUUCCCUGCCAAAAAAAACCCUCCAUUUUCAUGAAACUUUCUCUUCUUCUUCACUGACUCAAUUCAUCUCUCUAUCUCUACCGUUCAUCGUCCUCCGGCUAAUUGAUCCGACGGCCGGGGCGGUUACGGGGGCAAUCAACGGCUGUGAUCGGUCGGCGCCAUGGGUGGGAUUAGCCUGGAAGAGAUCAAGAAAGAGACUGUUGAUCUGGAAAAGAUUCCGAUCGAGGAAGUGUUCGAGCAGCUGAAAUGUACCCGAGAGGGGUUGAGCGGCGACGAAGGAGCCAACCGGCUUCAAAUAUUCGGUCCCAACAAGUUGGAAGAGAAGAAGGAAAGCAAAAUCCUCAAGUUCCUCGGGUUCAUGUGGAAUCCGCUCUCAUGGGUGAUGGAAGCCGCCGCCAUUAUGGCCAUUGCGCUUGCCAACGGCGGCGGACGGCCCCCGGAUUGGCAAGAUUUCGUCGGAAUUGUCUGUUUGCUUGUGAUCAACUCUACUAUCAGUUUCAUCGAAGAGAACAAUGCCGGAAAUGCAGCUGCCGCUCUCAUGGCUGGUCUAGCCCCUAAAACCAAGCUUCUGAGGGACGGGCGAUGGAGCGAGCAAGAGGCGGCGAUUCUUGUUCCGGGAGACAUCAUCAGCAUUAAGCUCGGUGACAUCAUUCCCGCCGACGCCCGUCUCCUCGAAGGUGAUCCGUUGAAGGUCGAUCAAUCGGCCCUCACCGGAGAAUCUCUCCCGGUGACAAAGAAUCCUUACGACGAAGUCUUCUCCGGCUCGACGUGCAAACAGGGCGAGAUCGAGGCGGUGGUCAUUGCCACCGGAGUCCACACUUUCUUCGGGAAGGCGGCGCAUCUCGUCGACAGCACAAAUCAAGUAGGACACUUCCAGAAGGUGCUCACCGCGAUCGGGAACUUCUGCAUCUGCUCGAUCGCGGUCGGUAUGCUGACCGAGAUCAUAGUUAUGUAUCCGAUCCAGCACAGGCAGUACCGGCAGGGUAUCGACAACCUAUUAGUCCUCUUGAUCGGUGGUAUUCCGAUUGCUAUGCCGACGGUUCUGUCCGUCACGAUGGCCAUUGGCUCUCACAGGCUGUCGCAGCAAGGCGCUAUCACUAAGAGAAUGACUGCGAUCGAGGAGAUGGCCGGGAUGGACGUCUUGUGCAGUGACAAAACCGGAACUUUGACGUUGAACAAGCUCACCGUUGACAAAAGCUUGAUCGAGGUCUUCGCGAAGGGCGUCGAUCCUGAUCACGUCCUUCUCCUCGCCGCAAGAGCUUCCCGAACUGAAAAUCAAGAUGCCAUCGACGCUGCUAUCGUUGGCACGCUCGCUGACCCGAAGGAGGCCAGGGCGGGUAUACGGGAGAUUCAUUUCUUCCCCUUCAACCCUGUCGAUAAGAGGACGGCUUUGACUUACAUCGACUCUAACGGGAACUGGCAUCGUGCUAGCAAAGGUGCGCCCGAGCAGAUCCUCACUCUCUGUGGCUGCAAGGAAGACCUUAAGAAGAAGGUUCAUAGUGUUAUCGACAAGUUUGCUGAGCGCGGCCUUCGAUCGUUAGCUGUUGCCCGACAGGAAGUGCCCGAAAAAUCGAAGGAUGCUGCCGGCGGGCCGUGGCAAUUCGUCGGGCUCUUGUCGCUUUUCGACCCUCCGAGACAUGACAGCGCUGAAACGAUCCGCAGGGCUCUGAAUCUCGGCGUUAACGUCAAAAUGAUCACCGGCGAUCAACUUGCGAUUGCUAAGGAGACAGGGCGUAGGCUUGGGAUGGGAGUCAAUAUGUAUCCGUCGGCGUCUCUACUUGGCCAGCACAAAGACGAGUCGAUUGCCGGCCUCCCUGUUGAAGAACUUAUCGAGAAAGCUGACGGCUUCGCAGGAGUCUUCCCGGAGCACAAAUACGAGAUUGUCAAGAAGCUGCAGGAAAGGAAGCACAUUGUUGGAAUGACGGGAGACGGUGUCAACGAUGCCCCGGCUUUGAAGAAGGCAGACAUCGGUAUUGCCGUCGCCGACGCAACUGACGCUGCUAGAAGUGCUUCCGACAUUGUUCUUACUGAGCCGGGGCUUAGCGUCAUCAUCAGCGCGGUGCUCACGAGCAGAGCAAUUUUCCAAAGAAUGAAGAAUUAUACGAUCUACGCAGUCUCAAUCACCAUCCGUAUUGUUUUUGGAUUUAUGUUCAUCGCUUUGAUUUGGAAGUUCGAUUUCUCGCCCUUCAUGGUUCUGAUUAUCGCCAUUUUGAACGACGGUACUAUUAUGACGAUUUCUAAAGAUAGAGUGAAGCCUUCGCCGUUGCCCGAUAGCUGGAAGUUGAAAGAGAUUUUCGCGACGGGGAUUGUUCUUGGAGGCUAUCUUGCAUUGAUGACCGUUAUAUUCUUCUGGCUGAUGCACGAGACCGACUUCUUCAGUGAUACGUUUAAAGUUCGAAGCAUUAGAGACAGCGAGGACGAAAUGAUGGCGGCGCUAUACUUGCAAGUGAGCAUCAUCAGCCAGGCUCUUAUUUUCGUGACGCGAUCGCGCAGUUGGUCUUUCUUCGAACGUCCCGGGCUUCUGCUGAUGGUAGCUUUCGUCAUCGCACAGCUGGUUGCGACUCUGAUCGCCGUGUAUGCGAACUGGAGCUUUGCAAGAAUCCAAGGUUGCGGGUGGGGAUGGGCCGGGGUGAUUUGGCUCUACAGUGUCGUCUUCUACUUGCCCCUCGAUUUUAUGAAGUUCGCCAUUCGAUACAUCCUGAGUGGAAAGGCGUGGACAAACUUGUAUGAGAACAAGACUGCUUUCACAACGAAGAAGGACUACGGAAAGGAAGAACGCGAAGCGCAAUGGGCUCUGGCGCAGAGGACUCUGCACGGCCUUCAGAAUCCGGAGACGACAAAUCUGUUCAAUGAGAAGAGCAACUACAGGGAACUGUCGGAAAUCGCGGAGCAGGCCAAGAGAAGAGCCGAGAUCGCGAGGCUGCGGGAGCUGCACACGCUGAAGGGACACGUUGAGUCGGUGGUGAAGCUGAAGGGGCUCGACAUCGAGACCAUCCAGCAGCACUACACUGUCUGAGAAGGAAAAGGAAAAGGAAAUGAUCAUCGGGGAUCUGAUCAUAGGUGUGUUUUUGUUUCUAUAGAUAAAAGCGAACUAAAAAGUUUGUCCUUAAAGAUGGAUAACAAACAUGACGACUUCUUGCGCUUAAAACGUGUCAGUAUCUGUGUCUGUGUGUCUGUGUCUGUGUCUUUGUUUUGGCGAUGUAGCAACAGCAGCAGCAGAGCAUGAGUUGGUCUGAUCUGCCUGCUUCGGUCUAAAUUAAUUAAUUAAUUAAUUAAUGUUCGACUCGUUUUGAAUUU